GAUGGGAGGAGAGGAGGAGAAUAGAUGUGUUGGAGUAGGCAGGGGAGAAAGAGAGAGGGAGGCAAGAGGUGGGUGAACGGGUGGUUAAGACAUAAAGGUGUAGCCUAAUCUACAGAGACAGCUAAACGACGGGGUUAUUUCCACAAAUGUUUUUCACGGGGCUUUGCUGUUUAUUCUUAGCAGAGCAAGCCGGGAGUCAUUCACUGUUUCUGACGCGUAAGGCUGCCGUUGGGCACCAGCGCCGAUAAAGGAUGAUAUGUUUGAUUAAAUAGCAUACAUAUUAACAAAGUAUAGCUCAAAUCUAGAAGACACAGGAGGAGGCAAACUAUGAUCAGAGGAUGAUUUCUUCAAAGAAAACUCCGGAGAAGAGUCGUUUUCCUAUCCACUAUUUGGUGUGGCACAACAAACACCGACAGCUGGAGAAAGAGCUGGCAGCGAACGAGCAGACAGAUUUAGAGCUUCUGGACCCUCGGGGCCGGACCCCUCUCCACCUGGCGGUCACACUGGGCCACCUGGACUGUGCCAGGAUCCUGCUGCAGCACGGAGCUGACGUCAGCAAGGAGAACCGCAACGGAUGGACCGUUCUUCAGGAGGCGGUGAGCACAAGAGAUCCGGAGUUGGUGCGUCUCGUGCUUCGUUACCGUGACUACCAGAGGACUGCCAAGAGACUGGCGGGCAUCCCCGUCCUGCUGGAGCGUCUGCGCCAAGCCCAGGAUUUCUACGUGGAGAUGAAAUGGGAGUUUACCAGCUGGGUGCCCCUGGUGUCUCGUAUCUGCCCCAGCGACACCUACAGAGUUUGGAAGAGCGGUCAGUGUCUCCGCGUCGACACCACGCUGAUGGGCUUUGAACAGAUGACCUGGCAGAGAGGAAACCGGAGCUUCAUCUUCAAGGGAUUAGACUCCAGCGCAGAGGUGAUGGAGGUCGACCAUGACAGGCAGCUUGUCUUCUGCGAGACCUUGUGCGUCUCGUCUCUGGCGGCGCUCUCACCUGGCCGGGGGAACGGCGGCGCCUGCAGCAGCAACGACGCAGGUUUGGGCCUUCUGGGGGCGAUGCAGCCCAGCGACGAGCAGGUCGCAGCUAGGCUGUCGGCCCCUGUGGUCACCACCCAGCUGGACACCCGCAACAUCGCCUUCGAGAGGAACAAGACGGGAAUAUUAGGCUGGAGGAGCGAGAAGACUGAGACGGUGAAUGGAUAUGAAGCCAAGGUGUACGCAGCAUCCAACGUGGAGCUUAUCACCAGGACCAGAACUGACCAUCUGUCAGACCAGAACAAGAACAAGACAAAAGGUGGGAAGACUCCUCUGCAGAACUUCCUGGGGAUAGCUGAGCAACACAUGGGGCCCAACAACGGGGCUCUUGUGACGCAGAUGUCGAGUCCCGCUAAGACCAACCCUGAAGCGCUGACGGCUGAGGAAUACUUCAACCCCAACUCGUCUCUGAGUCAGAGGGACAUCGGCCACCAGUGCCAGCUCACCACCAAGACCCAGAGGUUUAAAGCCAAGUUGUGGCUGUGCGAGUCGCAUCCUCUGUCCCUGGCGGAACAAGUGGUGCCUAUCAUCGAUCUCAUGGCCAUCUCCAACGCACUGUUUGCUAAGCUGCGUGACUUUAUCACUCUGCGUUUGCCGCCUGGCUUCCCCGUCAAGAUCGAAAUCCCUCUCUACCACAUCCUGAACGCCAGGAUCACCUUCAGCAACCUGAACGGCUGCGAGGAGGGGACGGGCGUUCGCACGGACAACGAGGUGGGGGUGGAGGGGGACGGCCAGAGGGACCCCCCGAGGACAGACACCCCGUCUCCAGGCAGCGACUCCUCCAGUGUCUCCAGCUCCAGUUCCACCAUGUCAUGUCGAGCCGGAGAGAUCCCCCCGUGUGUGUUUGAGCCCCCGCCUGGAUACUCCAUGAUGGGGGGGAAACAGAGAGACAGCAUGAGGGAUGAGGAGGAGGACCUGCUGCAGUUCGCCAUACAGCAGAGUCUGCUGGAGGCCGGCUCUGAAUUUGAUCAGGUGACCAUCUGGGAGGCGCUGACCAAUAGCAAGCCAGGAACAAACACGCCGUCCUGUGAUCCGAGUCGUCUGGAGAGGACCCCCCAGCACAAGCCCCGCCCCCCCUCCAGCCUCUGCUCCACCCCCUCCAAGAAGCAGCCGUCCACCUGCAGCUAUGACGAGCAGCUGCGCAUCGCCAUGGAGAUCUCAGCUCGGGAACAGGACGAGGCGGAAAAUCGGCGGCGACAAGAAGAGACGGAGCUACGGCACAUCAUCGAGCUGUCACUCAUGGAGAAAUGAGAUCUGAGUGGCCCAGCAGGGGUCUGAGGGGAGGGGUCUGGACCAAGGACUCAUGGGAGAGAAGGGCAGUGCAGGCUACUUAAACUUAAAGGGAAAAUAAUCCACCUUUUAUGUCAAUUGGAGCAAUACAUUCCUGAGUGUGUGCUAUAUUGACAGACGAAGUUAACUUCUCCUGCUUGUGGAGCCGUGUUUGCAGUGCCUAAAUGUACCAGGAUGCAUUGCACUGAUGCCCUGGGCCAUAUGUUUUGUGCUGCUAAUGCCGUUUAGUCUGGCUCAAAUAACGACGGCUAAACAUCCAAAUCAAUACUGUAAAUGUAUCCUCAUCCAUUAUAUCUUCUCCACACAUUUUCGGAUGCCAUGUUUGCUGUCAAUAAAGUAAAAUAUUGUUUAAUUCAAGCAAAGACAACAAGGAAAUUCUAUUUCUGAAUGACAUUUAAAACAACCCCGAGGCUAGCCAGAGAAUUACACACUGUACCAGCCUGUAGUUCUUCCACUGAGUCACUUUAAAUUAUGCCAGUGAAUGCAGGAAGAACAUGUAUUUUUAGCUCCAAUUUCUCUAUCAAUAUAGCACGCACUAAUUGCUUCAAUUGGCCACAUUUACCAUCAAAACCGAUUUGGACAUUCCCAUAAAAGUUGGCAAAUGUAACGGGAAGUAGGCUACAGUAAACAAAAUAAUCUCUGUGGUUUUCAGAUCACGAAAUAGCCUCCUCUUUAUUCUCCCAUUGCCUUCGCCCGACCUUUCCCAUGAUGCCACGCGGUGAUGCGCCUCAGACAGCCAGAGAGGGACUUCAGUUUCCUCUUUCUGGUGCCACACGGUACUUUUUGUGACAAGUUUACAACCAUCCAAUACAACAAGUUCAGUGGAAUGCCUUCUUGGGUGACUGAUGUCUGUGUGUGUGUGUGUGUGGUGUGUGUGUGUGUGUGUGUGUGUGUGUGUGUGUGUGUGUGUGUGUGUGUGUGUGUGUGUGUGUGUGUGUGUGUGUGUGUGUGUGUGUGUGUGUGUGUGUGUGUGUGUGUGUGUGUGUGUGUGUGUGUGUGUGUGUGUGUGUGUGUGUGUGCAUAUGUGUGUGUGUUUCCAAACCAGCUCUCCGCACAGGGGUCAACAGAUCACCUUCAAUACUGAACAUGUAUAUUGUAAAGCCAACUCUCUGCUCCGGCACUAACACACACUCUGUUGAGUUGAGUGACAAACCAUUUGACUUCCUCAGUUUUGAGGGAAAAUGUUUCAAAAAACUGAUUGGUAUGUUUCUUGUUUUUCCUCACAAAAUCCAGAUGUACUGUACUAAGCUUGUUGGCGGAUCACAUAUUGACUGUUAAUGGAUGUAGAUGACGAGUUUGAGCACAAGCUAAGCUUUAGUUUUAGCCUGACGUUAGACAGCAGGAGCACAGAUAUGAGACAGCCAGAUAAACACUUUGUGUACUAACUAACAUGUAUGUGACGGUGAAUGAGUUGUGGCCGGCCGUUGUGUAACACACACAAUAAAGGGACCUGAUAGCGGUUUUCAAUCGGAUGGUGGAAUAGAAAUGUUACAGAAAGAGGUUUUCUGUAUCUUUGCAUCCUCUCACCUUACAUGAGCGGAUCUUUUCUGUAUUUCUGUGUAGUCAUGGUCGAUGUUUGUACAAUAUUUCAGCAUGGUCUGCACCUGUGUGAGGUUCAUUUUGUCUAGCCUGGAGACCUGCAAUGGUUAAUCAAGCUUUGGCAGGGAACAUGUGACCAAAAGAAUCACUUUAAAAUCUAUUGACAGCAAUUACCCAAAUAGAAAGUUGUUUCCAUAAAUACAACAUGCUAAAGACAAAAGCAAAUGUAAAAUUGCACAUUGAGCAAAUGUGAACCUUUCAGUUCCUGGAUUUGGAAAGAUUGUUCAACAUUGCUCUCAUAAUUGUAAGUAACUUCAUGUUGCAGGGUUCAAGGCUAGCCCAACACUGAUGAACAUGUUUUGUUGCAAGGGACAAGGACGGCUUGUUUAUUCCAUCUUUUGAAAGAAAUGUAACACUCCUAUAUCAGCACAAACUGAGGAUGACCCCCUCUGCCUCCUAUCUAAUUCCCAUUCAGCUUGCCUGGUUGAUACAAAAAAGGAAAUGUUAAUUUUUUUACUUUUAAAGAAAUGUUGCAGAAAUGUUUUCAUGGUGUAUGAAGUGAGAUCAGAUAAUGAUUCAAAUAAAGAAACAUCUUUUGGAA